AUGUCUUCUUUUACGUCUCAAAGAAGAUCAAGAGGGUCAAAUUUAUGGAGUGAGUGGAAAUGGAAUAGUGCAACGAAAGAGUUGGAAUCAUUUCGCAUUAAUGCUAGGGGUAAGAAAGAAUGGAGGUACAGUUCUGGCCAAUCAACUUCUGGCGCAUCCGCUGGUUCAAAUGUCCCGAGGUUUGAUGAUAGCUCCCCGCUGGAACCAGUUUCUGCAAAUACCACUCAAUAUUCAGUGGAUCGCAACUACACUACAGGCAACAACGAUGUUGGAUCUUUAACCAAUUCACUGGCGGCCACUACUUUGACUUCAAUAGCCAAUGUAGAUCCACCUAUUGUGGCCAAGCUUGAAAAAGCCAACACUUCCACUGAGCAUACGGACUUUGAUCCAAUCCUUUGGUCUGAACCGUCUGGUGAAGCCCGUGGAGGGACCAUCACGUCGGUCAGACGACAGAAGCAUGGCGAAGAUUUGUAUGCAAAAGUUCGGAGUCAGGCCGAUCAUGACUUACAGAAAGAGAGGGACAACCAAGCCGGGAGUGCAUGCUGA